GAAAAUUGUAAUAUUUUCAUUGAAUUUUGUGUUGUGACUUGGGCGCAUUGUAGGAGAUCGAGAGUCUCUUCUCACUCCUCGUCGAAUUGCUGAAAAGAGGAUACAAGAGAGCGAGAAAAUAAGUGUGAAAAUGCCCAACUUGUGCGCAUUCGCUCUCGCAAGGUUAAGUUUUAUGGUUACCGCGGGCUUGUGAAUGCCGCGUGCGACAAAAAAGAAAGGGGGGGCAACGGGACAGCUAUCUUUGUAUCCGAGUCUUUCGCCGAUUCCUCGCAGACAUGGAUUUUGCGUUGGAACGAUUGAAUGAGAAGCAUAAAACGCGUAUCAUCCUCAACGAGCGUAAUCGUUCUUACACCUGUGGCAGAGGCAAGGACAACGAUAUUCUUUGUCUUAGUUUACUUGUAUCUCGUAGACAUUGUAUUUUUUUUCGAGACAUUGAAAAUUUAUAUGUCACAGACUUACGAAGUUCAAAUGGCAUUUAUAUUAAUGGCAAUGAAGAAAAGUGUCAGCAUACGGUCAAACUACAUGAGAACGAUAUCAUUGGAAUUGGUUGCCCUGAAAUUAAUUCAAAUAAAGAGACAUUACAUGUUUAUAAAGUUUGCAUCAUUAAGUCAACUGAACUUGAUGAAGAAGAAGAAGAAACUGGUACCUUAUCAAGGACAAUUUUAAAUAAUGAUACAUCACAAGAAAACAUAUCUAACAUAAAUCAUGAUUUUAGAAAAAGACACGGAUCUAAUUUAAGUUAUGAUAUGACAAUACCUAAUAAAAAACCAAGUGUUACGUAUAAUAUUGAUAAACAUGAGUCUAGUUCUUCAAAAGGAAUUGAUAAUUUAUCUUGCGAUAAUCAGAUUCUUCCUAAUAGCAAUACUACUAAUAAUUUAAAAAUCAGACAUGAUACUACAGAUAUAAAUGCAGAAGAUGAUAUUGAAAUAAUUCAUGCAUCACUAGCAGAAGACGUAAGGAAGAAGAACAUUAUGACUCAUAAUCUGAAAUCUGCAAAAUGUUUAAAUGACAAUAAAUCGGAUUUUGAUGACAAAAUGGAUGUUUCUAAUGUUGAGAGUAACAAUGAAGAUGAUGUUAAUGAUAGAGAGAAUUCAAAUUUUGUACAUAAAGUUGAUCGCAUUAUUAAAUGUGAAAGUGAAUUACAAAUGACAGAUGAUGAAGGAGCAAACAUAGCUAAACACAAUACAGCUUGCAAAUCACAGAUUAAAUUGAAAAAAACAAAACAUGAACCGAAAACACGAUUUUCUGAGAUCGAUGUUGUUAAUUUAAGUGACGAUGAGGAGGGAGUAUUUCCAUAUUCCCAGUUAUUUGAUAUCAAAUAUGAUGAUAAUACAGAGAACAAGAUAGAGAUAAAACAGGAAUGUACCAACGAUGAUGAACCAAACACCGAGAAAAUUGGUCUGCUAAAUAUCGACGAUGAGGUCAUUAUUUUAACAGACAGCGAAGAUGAAGAUAAUCCAUGGUUGGAACGAUUAUCCAGAAGUCAAUUACUCAACGAAGAUAUAAAACCUGUUUUAUGUGAUUCGAUUGUAAAAGAUGAAAUCGAUUUAGGUAUUUGGGAUGAUGAAAUUUUGAAUAUCGAAUCAUCUGAGAUAAUCAAACAGUCCGAAAUAUCGUGUACUUUCCAGGUUCCUUGUAGUAAAGAAAUGUUUUGUGAACCACAUACAAGCAUCGAUGUUAGAAUUAAAAACAAAAAAGAUGAUUAUAGUACUAAUUUACCGACCCCAAGAGUGGAUGCGAUGGAUAUAGACGAAGCAGGCGCUUCUAAUGAUUCUAAUACGAGAGAUAUUAAUAAAAACAAACAAAUUAGUGAUAUCAAUAUCAAAAUGUCAAAAUCAAUAUCAAUUAAUGUCAAAAAGAAACAGAAAACACAUGCGAAACAAGAUCCAGAACUAGAUAAACAAACAAUAGAAAGUGUAAAACAAAAAUUAAUUGCACCGACAACAGAAGGUACGAUGGAUGUAGACGAGGCAGGCGCUUCUAAUGAUCAUAGAACGAGAGAUAUUGAUCCAAAUAAACGGAUUAUUGAUGUUAAUAUUAAUGUCAAAAAGAAACAGAAAACUUAUGCAAAACAAGAUCUAGAACUAAAUAAACAAACAAUAGAAGGUGUAAAACAAAAAUUAAUUGCAUCGAUCACAGAAGUAGAUAUGAUGGAUGUAGACGAGGCAGGCGCUUCUAAUGAUCAUAGAACGAGAGAUAUUGAUCCAAAUAAACGGAUUAUUGAUGUUAAUAUUAAUGUCAAAAAGAAACAGAAAACUUAUGCAAAACAAGAUCUAGAACUAAAUAAACAAACAAUAGAAGGUGUAAAACAAAAAUUAAUUGCAUCGAUCACAGAAGUAGAUAUGAUGGAUGUAGACGAGGCAGGCGCUUCUAAUGAUUCUAAUACGAGAGGUAUUGAUGCAAACAAACAGAUUACUGAUAUCAACAUUAAUAUCAAAAAGAAAACAGAAGCAAAACCAGGUAUAGAGUUAUUGAAACAAACAAUAGAAACUGUAAAACAAAAAUUAAUUGCACCAGCCAUAAAAGUAGAUGCGAUGAAUGCAGAUAAGGCAAGCCCUUCUAACGAUCGGAAUAUCAGAGAUGUUAAUAGAAACAACCAUAUUACUGAUGUCAAAAUUGAUGACAAAAAGAAAACAGAUGCGAAACAAAGUAUAGAAUUAGCUAAACAAACAACAGAAAGUGUAAAACAAAAAUUAAUUGCAUCGACCACAGAAGUAGAUGCGAUGGACAUAGAUGAGCCAAGUUCUUCUGACGAUUUUGAUAUCAGUAAUAUUGAUAGAAGCAAACAGAUUACAGAUAUCAAUAUUGACAAAAAUAAACAGAAAACAAAUGUGAAACAAGAUAGACAGUUAGAUAAGUUAGAAAGUAUAAAACAAAAAUUAAUUUUAAAGUCCCAAAAAAAACUGAUUCGAAUAGAACCAUUAAGUUUACCUACACGAAGAAGACGAUCUGAUCGUAGUAAAGACAGAGCAACAAAAGUACAUGAAACUUCACAAUCAAGAAUAACAACAAAAGAAAAGAGCGUGUCGAAAUUAAAAGUAAAACUUAAAGAUAAUCUUUAUAGUAAAGAACAAAAAGAGAAUAAGGACCGCAAAGACAAAUCUAAAUCGGUAACUGACAAUUCCCCGUCAAGUGAAGCAAAAUCUGGGCUAUCAAUUUCUAAGGAUGAAAAAAAGAAAAUAAUCGAACAGAGAAAGAUGAAAUUGAAGGAGAUUGCUACGGAAGAGAAGAAGCUGGCCGCCGAAAGCGAUCAAAAUAUUAAACGUAGAAAUAAACCGAGAGCUAAAGUAUCCUUUAAAACUCGUGGCGAUUUUCUCAUUACUGAACAAGAACCACGAGUAUCUAAAUCGCUUCCAGAUAAACCCGCAGAAUUAUCAAAAUCAAGUGAUCACUCUAAGAAGCAAUCAAGAGAUACAACUAAUGUAUUAAAAGAAUCUACAAUUUCCGAUAAGAAGACACAGAAUUGUCAAAAAACGGACGUUUCUAAGGAUACAGUAAAUAACAUCAAGAACAUUAUGACUCAUAAUCUGAAAUCUGCAAAAUGUUUAAAUGACAAUAAAUCGGAUUUUGAUGACAAAAUGGAUGUUUCUAAUGUUGAGAGUAACAAUGAAGAUGAUGUUAAUGAUAGAGAGAAUUCAAAUUUUGUACAUAAAGUUGAUCGCAUUAUUAAAUGUGAAAGUGAAUUACAAAUGACAGAUGAUGAAGGAGCAAACAUAGCUAAACACAAUACAGCUUGCAAAUCACAGAUUAAAUUGAAAAAAACAAAACAUGAACCGAAAACACGAUUUUCUGAGAUCGAUGUUGUUAAUUUAAGUGACGAUGAGGAGGGAGUAUUUCCAUAUUCCCAGUUAUUUGAUAUCAAAUAUGAUGAUAAUACAGAGAACAAGAUAGAGAUAAAACAGGAAUGUACCAACGAUGAUGAACCAAACACCGAGAAAAUUGGUCUGCUAAAUAUCGACGAUGAGGUCAUUAUUUUAACAGACAGCGAAGAUGAAGAUAAUCCAUGGUUGGAACGAUUAUCCAGAAGUCAAUUACUCAACGAAGAUAUAAAACCUGUUUUAUGUGAUUCGAUUGUAAAAGAUGAAAUCGAUUUAGGUAUUUGGGAUGAUGAAAUUUUGAAUAUCGAAUCAUCUGAGAUAAUCAAACAGUCCGAAAUAUCGUGUACUUUCCAGGUUCCUUGUAGUAAAGAAAUGUUUUGUGAACCACAUACAAGCAUCGAUGUUAGAAUUAAAAACAAAAAAGAUGAUUAUAGUACUAAUUUACCGACCCCAAGAGUGGAUGCGAUGGAUAUAGACGAAGCAGGCGCUUCUAAUGAUUCUAAUACGAGAGAUAUUAAUAAAAACAAACAAAUUAGUGAUAUCAAUAUCAAAAUGUCAAAAUCAAUAUCAAUUAAUGUCAAAAAGAAACAGAAAACACAUGCGAAACAAGAUCCAGAACUAGAUAAACAAACAAUAGAAAGUGUAAAACAAAAAUUAAUUGCACCGACAACAGAAGGUACGAUGGAUGUAGACGAGGCAGGCGCUUCUAAUGAUCAUAGAACGAGAGAUAUUGAUCCAAAUAAACGGAUUAUUGAUGUUAAUAUUAAUGUCAAAAAGAAACAGAAAACUUAUGCAAAACAAGAUCUAGAACUAAAUAAACAAACAAUAGAAGGUGUAAAACAAAAAUUAAUUGCACCAACGACAGAAGUAGAUACGAUGAAUGUAGACGAGGCAAGUGCUUCUAACAGUCUUGGUACGAGAGAUAUUGAUGCAAACAAAUGGAUUAUUGAUAUUAAUAUUAAUGUAAAAAAAAAACAGAAAACUCGUACAAAACAAGAUCUAGAACUAAAUAAACAAACAAUAGAAGGUGUAAAACAAAAAUUAAUUGCAUCGAUCACAGAAGUAGAUAUGAUGGAUGUAGACGAGGCAGGCGCUUCUAAUGAUUCUAAUACGAGAGGUAUUGAUGCAAACAAACAGAUUACUGAUAUCAACAUUAAUAUCAAAAAGAAAACAGAAGCAAAACCAGGUAUAGAGUUAUUGAAACAAACAAUAGAAACUGUAAAACAAAAAUUAAUUGCACCAGCCAUAAAAGUAGAUGCGAUGAAUGCAGAUAAGGCAAGCCCUUCUAACGAUCGGAAUAUCAGAGAUGUUAAUAGAAACAACCAUAUUACUGAUGUCAAAAUUGAUGACAAAAAGAAAACAGAUGCGAAACAAAGUAUAGAAUUAGCUAAACAAACAACAGAAAGUGUAAAACAAAAAUUAAUUGCAUCGACCACAGAAGUAGAUGCGAUGGACAUAGAUGAGCCAAGUUCUUCUGACGAUUUUGAUAUCAGUAAUAUUGAUAGAAGCAAACAGAUUACAGAUAUCAAUAUUGACAAAAAUAAACAGAAAACAAAUGUGAAACAAGAUAGACAGUUAGAUAAGUUAGAAAGUAUAAAACAAAAAUUAAUUUUAAAGUCCCAAAAAAAACUGAUUCGAAUAGAACCAUUAAGUUUACCUACACGAAGAAGACGAUCUGAUCGUAGUAAAGACAGAGCAACAAAAGUACAUGAAACUUCACAAUCAAGAAUAACAACAAAAGAAAAGAGCGUGUCGAAAUUAAAAGUAAAACUUAAAGAUAAUCUUUAUAGUAAAGAACAAAAAGAGAAUAAGGACCGCAAAGACAAAUCUAAAUCGGUAACUGACAAUUCCCCGUCAAGUGAAGCAAAAUCUGGGCUAUCAAUUUCUAAGGAUGAAAAAAAGAAAAUAAUCGAACAGAGAAAGAUGAAAUUGAAGGAGAUUGCUACGGAAGAGAAGAAGCUGGCCGCCGAAAGCGAUCAAAAUAUUAAACGUAGAAAUAAACCGAGAGCUAAAGUAUCCUUUAAAACUCGUGGCGAUUUUCUCAUUACUGAACAAGAACCACGAGUAUCUAAAUCGCUUCCAGAUAAACCCGCAGAAUUAUCAAAAUCAAGUGAUCACUCUAAGAAGCAAUCAAGAGAUACAACUAAUGUAUUAAAAGAAUCUACAAUUUCCGAUAAGAAGACACAGAAUUGUCAAAAAACGGACGUUUCUAAGGAUACAGUAAAUAACAUCGCCGCAUCAUUGCAACAGUCCUUAUAUUUAAAUAAUAUAAACACUUCGUCUGAGAAAAGUAUACUAGAUUUCAAAGCGACCAAUGAUAAUAAAAAGAAACGUAGCAGUAGCAAGGAUAUUACAAAAAGGAGCAAUAUUAAUACUGAUCCUACUUUUAAAGUGUCAGAAUUGCGAGAUAAAUCGACCGAACGUAGUUCUGUGGUACAAAAAGAAAAUUUUUCACCAAAUAGUUUGAAAUCGAAGCUUUUAAAGUCGAGUAUAAAACCGAAGAAAAUUAAAAAAGUGACCUUUGCUGAUAUAUUAUUCGAAAUACAGGAAUACGACAUCGACCAAAGCAAUUCUUUAAAGAAAUUAGUAGGAGCAGAUUGGUGUCCGAAACUGGAAGAGUUCCUACUUCGCAUUUUUAUGUGGAAUCCUGUGUGGCUCGAAGAGCAGCGCUAUCUAAAGUGCGAUCCGCCAAUAAUAUCGGAGGAUGAACUUCAGACUAUGAAACUAUCUUACGAUUCUUAUGAACAGUAUUACAAAGUCGCGAUGCCUCUUCUAUUACUUGAGAUGUGGUGCAUCAUGACUAAAGAUUUCGAAAUGAUUCAGAAGAAUAUGCAACGUACUACCGUAAUGUGUUCUAUAGUUGAAAAUUCUAUUACGCAUACCCCUAUACCGUCGACUAAUUUAUUCUUGUCGAAAUUGACUCUUGAAGUGCUAGUCAAUAGAGAAGAUCUAAAUAAACAAAAUCAUCCUAUUUACGGAGAUCUGGUAUAUCUUGAGUAUGUCAACAAUGAACAUGGUAAACAAAUCUUUCACAAGAUAUUCGCAUAUGUCAUCAACAUGCAAUACACGGUUAUCACAGACUCCAUGUGUUAUAAUAGCGAUUUAAAGAAUUAUGUAAAAGAUCCAUAUACAAUUAUAAGGUACAGCGUGUGGACACGACCUCUUGAACACAUCAUCGUAAAUAGAGUGCAAAGACUCCGAACGGUCACGUAUUUGCGAUCGAAUAUCAGAAUGGUGCAGGCAUUACAAUAUCUCCCUCAUUCACCCCUGUCAAAGUUGAUUGUGACUCCGAAGAUUGAAGACUAUCAAUUACCACCACUAAAUGAACACUUUACAUCUUCGUCACUGGUAACAAAAGAUGAUUUAAAUCCGAAGCAAUUAGAGGCUGUAUUUCGGGUAACGAAUGCUGUAAUAAAGAAAGAGGCCAAAUUAUGUUUUAUUCAGGGCCCACCGGGGACGGGCAAGUCUAAAGUUAUUGUGAAUCUGGUGACUCAAAUAUUAUAUGGUGGAUGUCAAGACAAGAAAUCUUUAAGAAUCCUGAUUUGCGCACCAUCUAAUGCCGCUAUUGAUGAAAUCGUGAUAAGGCUUCUACAUAUCAGGUCUUUCCUAAAACAGAAACGUUUUAAUAUGGUACGCAUUGGUCGAUCAGAGUCUAUGCACCCAAAGACUAAAGACAUUUCUGUACCACAGAUAGCGAAACGCCACCUAAUAAACAUAAGUAAACAAGUAAAAACAACGAAUAACAACAUUGAAGAUUUAUCAAUUUUACAAGCGCAUAUUAAUUCGUUUACUGCUGAACUUGAAAGCAUCCAAAACGAACAUGAAGAAAAGAAGUAUUCACUCAAUAGAAGACUAUUUGAAACAACGGUGAAAUACGCACUUAUGAAAUCUAAUAAAUCGAUAGACGAGAUCAAUUCAAAGGAGCGCGCCAAGUACCAGCGUAUGUCAGAAAAUAUAGUUCUUCAGGGUGCUAAUAUAAUUGCCUGUACACUUUCGUCUUGUUACACUAAUCAAAUGGAAUCGCUCUUUGGGGGUCAUAACGAAAGAAUAUCUGUAUGCAUCGUUGAUGAGGCGACGCAGAGCUGCGAAGCAGAGACUUUGAUACCGUUAAUGUUGGGGGUGAAUACAUUGGUUCUGGUAGGUGAUCCGAAUCAACUUCCAGCAACCAUUCUAAGCCAACGAGCGAAGAAAUUGGGAUUAGAUCAAUCAGUAUUUUCUAGGAUGCAAAACGUUUUCGCGUCUCAAUCGAACAGUCCAAUUAUAAUGUUGGACACACAAUAUCGUAUGGAGUACGCGAUCUCGUAUUGGCCUAAUAAAUACUUCUACGGUGGUAAAUUGAAAAACGCUGCCGAUUAUAGAAUGAAAUUUCCAUUUCAUACAUACAGAGUUUUGGAUCAUACCUUUACUCAGAAUUAUGAUAAAUUUUCCAACACUACUGAAGCGGAAUUUGUGGCCAAUAUAAUUUAUACAAUGUUGAAGUUCGCCAAAUGGGAAUCAACAAGUGCUAUUAUUACUCUCGGAGUUCUCACACCAUAUAACAAUCAAAGAACUCUUAUACUAAAUAAAAUAAACGAAAAGAUAUCGCCUGUACCGGAUGACAUCAAAAAGAAAAUUAGUUUUGAAGUUAAUACGGUCGACGGUUUUCAAGGUCAAGAGCGAGAUGUUAUAAUAAUGUCUUGUGUGAGAAGCAGUGGUAUUGGAUUUUUAUCAGACAAGCAAAGACUCUGUGUAGCACUUACAAGAGCUAAACAUAGUCUAAUAUUAUGUGGAAAUUUUCAUACUUUCAUGAAAGAUAAAAUGUGGAAGGCAUUGUUAACUGACGCACGAAAUCGUGGAAUUCUAUGUCGUAUGGAUGCUAAUGCGACACCUAGUAUGAUUCAAAAAUAUAUCGUUAAGUAAAGAAUUUAUUUGUAAA